UAUGGCGUUGGCGGACAGUAUGACCCGCAUUUCGAUUUCUUUGCACGACAGACUGAUGCCCCCAACGCCUCAUUGGGCGAAGAUCGCAUAGCCACAAAUAUGUUCUACCUCUCCGACGUAGACCAGGGCGGUUACACAGUAUUUCCUCGCCUCAAUGUAUACUCAGAGCCUACCAAGGGAGCAAUGAUUAUGUGGCACAACUUACAUAAAUCGCUGGACCCCGAUUUGCGCACUCUCCACGCUGGUUGUCCCGUCAUUAAAGGAGCCAAACGAAUAGGCAACGUGUGGGUAUAUUCCAGUUAUCAGGAAUUUAGACGGCCCUGUGAUGUGAUACGUGACAACUAUAAAUCACAAGAAGUCGUCUGACACCACAUACAUACUAUUUAUGUACAUAAAUAAGUACUAUGUAUACAUACAUACCAAUUUCUCAUUGUAGUUUUUUAUGUCUGGUUCACUUAUGUUUCGAUGUGAAUAAGUAAAUAUAAGUUAAUAAAUGUUCCAUUUUUGAUAUAAAGUAAAUAUGUAUAUACCUGUCGUAGUUUGUUAACUUGGCUUUGUUCAAAGGGAUUUCAAUCACACAUACAUGUAUAUAAUG